AUGGCAGCUGUCUUAGGACAUUACAACUUCUGGAACAUAACAAGCGAGCAAGCUUUACAAGAAGCUUGGCUUCGUCUAGAAAAUGUCAAGCCUCUAUCGGCCACUAGUUCUGUUCUCUCGAUAGUCAUGACGCCGACAAUAGUGCUUGGCAAUUUGCUGGUCUUGUUAGCAGUUUGGAAAGAUCCGCUUAAGAAACUUCGCUCAUCACCAUCCAACUUCAUUUUGGUCUCCAUGGCUCUCGCUGAUCUGUCAGUCGGCUUGGUGGUUUGUCCAAUCACUGCGUAUUGGGGCUGGGUAAUAUUUGACAAAAACACCUCGCCUUUUGGUCUUUCCGUUAUUUUUGCCAUCAACGUUUUCUCUGUGAAUGUGAGCUUCGGCCACAUCUUCCUGCUGACAGUGGAUAGACUUUUCGCCGUGGUAACUCCGCUUGAGUAUCGUUUUAAAAUAACGAAUAAACGAGUACUCGUCGCGUGUUGUGUUUGCUGGAUGUACUUCGUGGCGUUCGGGUGUUCAUUUCUGAUGUUUCGGGACUAUUUUGCCAUAAUGGUAACAAUCUACAACGUACAGCUUUUAUCCAUUCUCUUAAGCAUUCUUAUAAUGUACGCAGUUAUGAUGUUCCAUUUCCAUAGGUACUCAAAAACAAGAGAAAAAGAACAGCGGCAUUCAAUAGACAGUCGUCUGAUGAUCCUCAAAAGAGAAAGAAAUCUCUUCAAAGCGAUCGCCAUCGUCAUCUGUGCAUUUCUUAUUUGCUACAUGCCCUGGUUUAUAGUUCAGCUAUUGAUAUAUUUGUGCAAACCAUGCCACCCUCACUUGGCUCUGCUUAUGGUUUUCUUUGGAUUUUCUGGCACUUUAACGUGUGCAAACUCCUUCUUGAACCCGAUACUUUAUUCAUGGCGACUUCCAAAAUUUAGAGAAACAUUCAAGUACUUUUGGAGAAACCGAAAUUUUGGAAGAUUGCAAGUCUCUGGCACAGCCGGAAAAACCUGCAAAGCUUCUUUGUGAUAGCUUAGUCAGGUGUGACUAUCUUGGACAAUUUACAGUUUAAACACUCAGGGUUGUUUCGUACAACGGAAACGUAGACGGUUUUAUCCCUAGUCGGACCAAUACAUAGGGUCUUGAAAAAGAUGACCACGAACAAUUGCUACGUAGAAAUGGCGGUCUUGUCUCCACUAGAGGAUUAAGAGUAGUGUCUCUUAAUCAGUGGUCUGUUCGUAUUACACUGACACUUCAAUUAAAUCAUUUUUUUAGGCUUUUCUGGAAGAUCUGUCAAUAAAUUGUGGAACAACUUGUUUUUGAAGAUACGCUAAACAACUAACAACUAACUUUAUGUUACGUUCACGACUUGUUAAAUUAGAAACAUGGAUGAGAGUUCGUAGCCGCAUUGAAGUCCCAAGAUAUAACUGCAGGCUAUUUCUUGAAGGAAAAGGGAAAGUUUUUAGGAGGAAAGAAUAAGACAUCGUAUAAUGUAAAAUACAAGCUUAAUUGACACCGCUUAAGUCGUUUUCGUUCCAUGUGGAACGAUGCAUAUUUUUUUCCAGGACCCGUUUGGCUUUCAGGUUAGGCUGGUAGAUCUUUCAGCAGGUACUUCAUUUUGGAAAUUCUGACCAAUUUUGACAACUGCCAAUUUCGGUUUGCACCUUGUUCUCUUUGCAGAUUCAAUUUGUCUCUUUCGUAGAAAGUUAGCCAGCCACAAUUCUUUGCGAACGAAAGACGAUAAAGAAGGUUAAAAAAACUGGCAAAAGAAAGUUAAAGGGAAAUGAUAAGAGAGCAAGAAAGAAAGAUCGAAAUAGAUUCCUAGAAACGUCCACAUUUUGGCUUAUGUGCAAGCCUCAAAACAAAAAAAGGAGCUUAAUCACACACAAUUUACAGGGAAAUAGGCUCUUCGUAUUGUAGUGUUGACUCUUAGCCACUGGCAGAAAACCACUCCAAAAAGGAGAAUUUAGUAAAAAAUGAGGUUUCGUUCGCUACUCGCUGGCGGUCGUCGAAGGGUUAAUUUAUGCAAUAUUAAAUAAAAGAUUUAGAGGUAACAUAUCCACCAAGUGGUUCUUCGGCUACCUGAUUCCUGGUCGAAUUGGAAUCUGGAAGUUUUGUUUCUUAAGGAGUGGGGAAAACCGGAGUACCCCGGGAAAAAUCUCUCGAAGUCAAGGGGAGAACCAACAAGAAACAAACUCAACCCACAUAUUGCGUCGACGCCGGGAUUUUGAACCCGGAGCCACAUUGGUGGGAGACGAUUGCUCUCCGAGCCCCGACACUGCAACGCCCUUGCUUCACAAUCUUCAGGGGGGGGGGAAUCUAUUAGUUCCCUAAAUGCAUUGAAAACAAUGUUUGGUCUUUGGGUGCCUCUGAGUUUUUAAAAUAACAACAUAACAUUAUUAAAAUAUUAUUGAUAAAAUAUCGCGCACUUAAUUUUUUCCUUACCAUAUCUUCCAUUUAUCUGCAUAGCCGAGGCUAGAUUUUGCCUUUUUCCUUGGACGAAAAUCCUCGUCCUCCCUCUCCACUUUGGACCACAUAUUGUGGAGUAAAACGUAGUUCUGGGAGAACUGUUUACUUAAUUAAUCCAAGAAAAUAGGUCCAGAAGAGUCAAGAACCUAUGCACGCGGCUGGACAGCGAACGUUAGAAAAAUUCGAACUUGAAAACUGUUUACGGACGGUCGCGCGAUCGCCUUUUGCUUUCUGGUCAAAACUAACGCGGCGGACCCUCCCUCCGCAUUGACUGACCAAGAAGCAAUAGUACCUUUCCUCUCAUAGCAAGUGCUGUAUUGUCGAGCGGAGGCGAUCGCUAAGCUUGAAUACGUACAUGGCGUUGUAAUCCUGCCCGUUUGCGGUUCAUAGCGGAGCGUAAAGGUUAAGUGUUUGUUAAUGAGCGAGCGAUUAUCGUGCGGUUGCGAUGGGUUUUGUGAAGCCAGCGAGCAAGAAGCCGGAGUACACGUUACUUGCAGACAAGCCGAUGGCAGUUUGGAGCAGAAUCGUCUGUUGUUCUCAAUUUUAUAGCGCGUCGCGUGGAGAUGGUCCGUUUUUUUGUAGCCAGCCUUUAAUUCUUCUCUACUGGAUAGUACCUACGAUUGCAAAAUUCGACAAAAUGCCACUUAAACCGGCCAGGAAAGACCAAGAGACGUUCAGUUGAAGGUAUGUUUGUCUUGUUUUGUUAUAUUUUGGUUUCUGGACUAUUUUAGUUCAUGAGAGAUUCGCCGACUCAUCCCAUUUUGUCCACGUUAUUGACACACACUACGUCUGGGCCGCCUGUGAUCAAACGGGCCAACACUAAAUCGGAAGAAGACAUCAACUGCGAAUCCAAGGGAAUCUGUCUUUAAAUUCGCUCAUCCUUCGCUCUACGUAAGUAAAGUGAAGUCUGCUUUUUCUAAAGUACUCGUGAGCUUUUUUUUGUUUUCGGAGAAAGGCGUUUAGGAGACGAAAAUCAGUUUCGUGAAUGGAGUCUCGGAAGGGACGUCGCGGGCGACCGGCAGCAGGACGUUCUCAAGAGUCUUUGGAGAUAGAGAAGCUUAGCCGAUCGAUCUGGUAUGGUCCUAGGAGUUGUGUGUGGCUUACGAAAAGAAUACACCACACUUGGAAAGUGGUAAAAGGCAUGAGUUUGUUCAACUCUGAUUCGAUUUAUGACCCCAACCUAUAGUGAUACCGAAAAGCACGCAACACGCCGCUCGAUCUUCGCACUUGAAAUUUUCCUUGUAUCUUUGCUGUAUGAUCGUAUAUGUUUAAGAAUUGAUGUUUUUAAAAUAAAUUAUUGCUUGAGUAUUCUGUUCAUAAUCUGGUAUCUUUAUGUUUUCUACUCGAUAACUUUUGUUUUGCCGAACACUGACCCGACGAACGGCGAAUGAAUUUGUUCAUUUGCUAAUAAGCAAUUGAAAGUUUUGCUCAUUUCAGGAUAACCUUUAUACUCAUAUGCUGUUUUUGUUUUUACCGGUCAAGGGCUAUUGGCAGGUACUUCUGGGUUUAUAUAGGGCGGACAGAGAGAUCAGUAAUAAAAGAUGGCUGCUUUGUUAGCAGGGGUACGUAAAUGACCUCGUAAAAAUACACGUAGGUAAAUGUUUGUUUCAAGGCAGAACGGGGCUGUAAACCUUAUUCUUAUGGGCUGCAACAUAUCUGAGGAAUAGGAAAGGAUAAAUAUAAAUUAUGGGGAUAUAUAAAAUCAAACCAAAUGUCCGGAAAUACUCCCGCGUCGCGAACAAUGAAGUUGAAUUAUUUAAAUUUCUUUGCGUGCAUUUAACUCGCUUCCGAUUUGUUUAAAACAAAUCAGCUACUGUCAGAACUCACACGUGCGCAGUAUCGUGAACGUGUCCCUUUAAAAGAGACACUGUCCUGAUUAUGCGUACGCGUGCAGUCAUCUGUUUUCUCUUAAAAAGCCAGUAGAACUGUCAAAUUGAAGAGACAAUAUUUCCUCGCGAAACUACAUCGCCUAUGGAAAUCCGUUGUUUACCUAUUUCAAGUAGUAUUUUAGACUUGACAUCCUUACAGAAGAUCAAAAUUUGUUACUUCUGCAGUAAUGAGAUAGUGUUCCUUUAAGGGACCACAAUUUCUAAGACUUCAUUGGUCAAUCUUUUGGCCCAAGAAGAGGUAGAAAAAGCCUGAGGUCAAUUUGUUGUGAGACAGAUAUUUCGCAGUCUUACUUCGUGUACCAGACACAAAUGACGUAAAACACUCCUUAGUGUCUGGUACAGAAAGUAAAUGCUUUAUUUCGCUCUUUCAACAUCUCCAUUUUCUUUAAUAACUGCUAGGUUUUUGGUCAACGUGUAUGGAGAGCCGCCCAUACCGGUUCGACUGCAAUUUUGUAGCUCAAAAAAAAAACGUUUGCAGCUGUAUUAGGCAGAGCAAUUGAAAUAUUGAUCCUUAAAUAAAUGAUCGAAAUCUAAAGCUGAAACACUGAAGUGUUGUUGAAAAAAACGAAAUUCUCUUGAAGUAAGAAAAUAAAAUAAAAAAGUUUAACAUUAUUGUCUUAUUGCUUGUCGUUUUCUUAUCCAAAGCGAUGGAACGCUUUUAUGGGAAAGUUAUAUUUUGCCUUAUAUUAUCACCGGCUUUAUCAUUAUUACGUAGGACAGUCGCCGAAAAGAAAUUUAAUCAAACUGUUUGUUUCUUAAUGUUUUGGAGUAAAUUUGCACACGUAACUGGCGAAUUUUGCUGGGAUAUAACUUUUUUCAAUUACAAAAGCUCUUUCCAUGCCGAAAUCUUAUUUAAGGGUUUUUAGACUGUAGAGGUAUCAUUAGUUAAUAGCUGUUAAACCAAAGAAGCGUCUUACAAUUUGUACAACCAAUAUACUUAGUUGUUGUACACGGCUCAAUGACGUUUUCUGUUGUUUUCUAGAGAUGCCGAUUUUAUAGCCAAGUGCCAGAACAUUCAUCAAAUAUGUGUAAUAUUUAAUUAAAAACGUAUUUUCUGAAAAUAUUGAAGAAUCAUGUAAGACAGAAUCUCUCAUGCCCAGUCUAAAUUUGUUAGUGUAAGCAGAAGCUAAAGAGAUAAAUUAUCGCCUUAAAUAAUCGUCAAUCGGUCAAAGUUCGAACCAUUAAACACGCAAUGAUAUGUUAACUGACACUUUGUAACAUGUAAUGAUUGAUUGAUCAGGACUGGUCUAAUACAACAAAGAAGUCGCAGAGUUCUAAGAUAUAUAACAGUUUACACGGCCAAAGGAGUGCACAAUAAACCGCGAUUCGUUUGAACAAGGUUGAACGGAACUCUACGGCUGGAUCGUUUGAAAUGGCAGCUAUCUAUGGACAUUACAACUUCUGGAAUGUAACAAGCGAGCAGGCUUUACAAGAAACUUGGCUUCAUACCGAAAAUGUCAAGCCUCUGUGGGCCGCUGGUUCUGUGCUCUCGAUAGUCAUGGCGCCCAUAAUAGUGCUUGGCAAUUUGCUGGUGUUGUUAGCGGUUUGGAAAGACCCUCUUAAGAAACUUCGCUCAUCACCAUCCAACUUCAUUUUGGUCUCCAUGGCUCUCGCUGAUCUGUCAGUCGGCUUGGUGGUUUGUCCAAUCACCGCGUAUUGGGGCUGGGUACGAUUUGAGAAAAAAACAGCGCCUUUUGGUCUUUCCGUUAUUUUUGCCAUCAACGUUUUCUCUGUGAAUGUGAGCUUCGGUCACAUGUUGCUGUUGGCAGUGGAUAGACUUUUCGCCGUGGUAACUCCGCUCGAGUAUCGUUUGAAAAUAACGAAUAAACGAGUACUCGUCGGUUGUUGUGUUUGCUGGAUGUACUUCGUGGCGUUCGGGUGUUCAUUUCUGAUGCUUGGGGACUAUUUUGCCAUAAUGGUAACAAUCUACAACGUACAGCUUUUAUCCAUUCUCUUGAGCAUUCUUAUAAUGUACGCAGUUAUGAUGUUCCAUUUCCAUAGAUAUUCAAAAACAAUAGAAAAAGAACAGCGGCAUUCAAUAGACAGUCGUCUGAUGAUACUCAAAAGAGAAAGAAACGUCUUUAAAGCGAUCACCAUCGUCAUCUGUGCAUUUCUUAUUUGCUACAUGCCCUGGUUUAUAGUUCAGCUAUUGAAAUAUUUGUGCAAACCAUGCCACCCUCAUUUGGCAUUGCUUAUAAUAUUGUUUAGAUUUUCAACCAGUUUAACGCACGCAAACUCCUUCUUGAACCCGAUACUUUAUUCAUGGCGGCUUCCAAAAUUUAAAGAAACAUUGAAGUACUUUUGGAAAAACCGAAAUUUUGGAAGAUGGCACUGA